AAGGACGUUAAUAAUUUCUUCCUCUUCAUUGCUGGCUAAUAUAGAUGCUGGGGUGGGCGUGGGAUGGGGUGGGGGGCUGUGCCUGUCUUGGAGUCUCAUCUCUCCCUGAGGAUCUGGCUCACAACAGGUGCUCAAUAAAGGCUUGCUGAGGUCUGGGGAGAGCGAGGGUGCCCCUCCACCUGCAGCUAGCUCAGUGGCUUUGUCAGAGUUCACACAGAGGGCCACUGGGCUUGUCCGGUCCCGCCCUGGGGCUCACCUGCUGAAGGAAACAGGAACCGCCCCAGGGCGACACCCCGCCCCGCUGACGUGUGGACCCUGAACUGAAACCUAACCUUGUGCAGGCGCAGGGCACAGCCAGAACGAAGGCCUCCCAGGGGUCUCCCAGGACCUGGGAAUUAUACAACACAUGUGGGACCGCACAGCGAGAUCCCAGGGAGAGAGAGCAAGCGUACAUGGGUGACAUCAUCCCCGGGAAGCCAUGGCAGAGGCCAGAAAGCUGCCCCCGCCUCUGCCCCCACGACUGGACUGGUUCGUGCAGACACAGGUGGACCAGCUGACCCAAGGAGGGGUUCCUGCAUGGUUCCACGGUGCCAUCUCGAGACAGGAGGCAGAGGACUUGCUGGAGCCACAGCCACUGGGAUCCUUUCUCAUCAGGGUCAGUCAUACCCACGUGGGCUACACACUCUCCUACAAAGCCCAGAGCUGCUGCCGUCACUUCAUGGUGAAGCUCUUGGAUGAUGGCAGCUUCAUGAUCCCUGGGGAGAACAGAGCCCAUGCCUCGCUGGAGGCACUGGUCACCUUCCACCAGCAGCAGCCCAUGAGGCCACACGGGGAGCUGCUGAAGCAGCCCUGUGGGCAGAAGGAUCCAGCAAACGUGGACUAUGAAGAGCUCUUCCUUUACUCCAGUGCCUUGGCUGAGGAAGCUGCCAGCCCAGCCCACAGCCCCAGCGAACAUCAGAGUCCUUCCUCCCGACCUGUGGCUGCACCCAAGGAGGCCUCUGCAAAACCAGUCCUGCUCCAUCGGCCAAAGGAAAGGAAGCCAUCGGCAGAGAUGGGCAGAGUACCCACGGAGGAAACCACUUCCUCCUGCCCUCCAAAGCCCCCUCUUGAAGAGGCCUGCCACAAACUCUGGAAGAACCUCAAGACGCUCCCUCAGACUGGCAAGAAGGUCCAGCAGCAGUUGAAAUCCCACCUGGCAGCCGUGAGCUUGUCACAGCUCCGGGACUCCAGGAAACUGGAGGUGACUCAUGACUCAGGAGCCGAGGCAGGUGACGUGGCUAGAGACGGUAACAUCUGCACACACCCCUCUGUGGCCACCUCGCUCACAAGCCCCUCACAGCCCCAGGUUCUAAGAGACAAAAAGGACUCCUCCAGGAGGGACUCAAGUUCGGCAAGCUGGAGCGAGGAGACCCUGAGGGCCAGAGGUUGGCACCAGGUGGUUGUGAGGGCCCUGUCCUCACAGGUGUCCAAACCGGAGCCGAGGGGGUUUGCAGAACCCCAAGAGGACUGGCUCCCCGAGGAGUACCGUCCACCGCCACCCUUUGCCCCUGGAUACUGCUAGAAAAGAAGUUCGCCCUGGCUCUGGGAUCCUUGUGAGCCCAGAUUCCAUGGUGGGGAGAGGUGUCACCCUACCCUCCUCUGGCCCGGCUCUUCCUCCUUGGUGUCUUCAGAUGCGGAUGUGGAAGGUGCUGUGCGCAAAGAGGAACGGAGUCAGUGUCAUCAGGCAGAGGGCA